AUGCCGAGAAUGCCGAAAAUCCGAGUACUAAUUCACCCUAGAGUGAUGCCAGAAGUGCCCGAGAACAUGCAGGACAAUAUCGCUGAGUUGGAAUACCGCGCCGACCCCCGCCGCGGGCAACAACAACCGCCAUACCAACGCGCUAACACCUAUCCCGAACGCACCUCGUCCGCCGUCCAUUCCCCACACGAUGAAGCUCAUGAUCCCAAUUCCUACGCGCAAUCCGCGACCUAUGAUAGCAUGGAUCACCCAAACUUCUCACCGUUCCCGGUUUUGCGGAACCCACCACCUAACGUCCCGCCCACCGAUGAACAGAGAGAGGCGAACCUAGAGCGCGCGCGGAUGGCCGUGCUGUCGACCACAGACCCGGAGAUGCAACUUGCAUGGGCCUUGGAUGCCCUCGCCUUUGUCGAGGUUGCCGCGCAGAACGAUGUCCGCCUCUCUCUGACCCAACCGCCACGCCCGCAGACCCCGCAGGUGGAGCGGCGGCUAAGAGUCGACGCGAUGAACAUUGUCGGCUUUCUUGCCGAGCAGCGUCACCCCAAAGCGGAAUUUAUCAAGGGCAUGUGGCUCGAGUUCGGCAAAUUUGGCUGCCCCGUCGAUCGCAAGGAGGCAUUCCGAUCAUACUCCCGAGCCGCUGAGAAGGGAUAUGCGCGUGCCGAGUACCGCAUCGGAAUGCAAUUUGAGAGCUCGGGUGAGCCUGAGAAGGCGAUCAAACAUUACCAGCGGGGUGUUGCGCGGGCGGAUUCUGCCUCAUACUAUCGCCUGGGAAUGAUGAUUCUUUUGGGUCAGCAUGGACAGCACCAGGAUUUCAACACUGGGUUAGACUACAUCCGGCUGGCGGCGCAGUCAUGCGACCAGAACGCACCUCAAGGCGCAUACGUAUACGGCAUGCUCUUGGCUCGAGAGCUCCCUCAAGUGAGCGUCCCGGAAAGUUUCCUACCCCUCGAUCUGAACAUGGCACGUGUAAAUAUCGAAAAGGCGGCAUAUCACGGGUUCGCCAAGGCCCAGGUCAAGAUGGGUGCUGCAUAUGAACUUUGUCAACUGGGCUGUGAUUUCAACCCCGCGCUGUCCCUGCACUACAAUGCACUGGCAGCCCGUCAGGGUGAGCCCGAAGCCGAGAUGGCGAUCAGCAAAUGGUUCCUGUGUGGACAUGAGGGUAUUUUUGAGAAAAAUGACGAGCUAGCAUUUACAUAUGCUCAACGCGCGGCCCAGAGUGGUCUUCCGACAGCCGAAUUUGCUCUGGGUUACUUCUAUGAGGUUGGUAUCUUUGUACCGGUGGAUAUUAAGGAAGCCCGCUCUUGGUACGCCAAGGCCGCUGCUAGUGGUAACAAGGAUGCAUCUGGUCGGAUUGAAAGUAUCUCGCGCUCAAAGACUCUGUCCAGAAAGGACCAUGAGAAAAUCGCUGUCUCGCGCAUCAAAUCGACGCGAUAUACCGCUCAUCAGCGAGGUAAUUCAGUGGAAUCAACCCCAGAGAACAUCCAAAUGCCAGAUCCCUCGAGGAUGAGUUUGUCUGACGGCCCACCAUCUGGAGCUCCUUACCCCGAUCGUCCUUCCUCUACUCGUCCCCGGCCCCAGCCCCAGCAGAGUUAUCAACUGUCAGACAAUCGCCCAAGCUCUGCUUUCGGCGUUAAUCCAAACCUUCCCAAUCUUCGAACCAAUGCACCCUCGGGAUAUGGUGGUCCACCUGCCCAAGGCCCCCCUAGAUCUCACAAUCCGUCCUAUGGACCUAACGGGCCCAUGAACUACCGCCAGCCCGUCCCUGGAGCACCUCUCAGCGCUCCUCCUGGACCUACAAGCCCACAGUCUAGUAACAUGGUCAGUUCUGGUGGGGCUCCUCGUCUCGAUAUUGGUUAUUCUGCACCAAUGCCGCCUCCAGGUGGGCGACGCCCACCACCUCGACUUGACUCGGCUGAACGCAAGCCUAUGAGACCUCCUACUGCUGGCCACUCCGGAAUGUCCUCACCCGGUCUGGUAUCUCCUCGUCCGCCUGGUUCGCCCUCGUUUCCUCCACGUAUGGAGUCUCGGCCAUCUUCUCACGGUUCGGGUGCCUCGACGCCUCAGCCGGCGCCCUCGAUCGCGCCCUCGAUCGCCCCCUCAGUCGCAUCGUCGACUUCAUCCGCGCCCCAGCCGAAGCCCGCCAAGCCACCAAGCAAGGGACCCAAGACCUUUGAAGAGAUGGGUGUUCCUAGUGCGGCGAAAGACAGUGAUUGCGUAUGUAAACCCUACUUUUUAGCCAUUGAACUUGACUCAAAGCUGACUUUUGCAGAUUGUGAUGUGAUACCCCGGGCUCUGUUCCUUAUCCAAGCACGUUUGGCUGUCUCCCUUCCACUUGCAUUUUCUCUACUUUCUAUAAUCUCGGGGGUUCAAAAAGCCAUUGAUGUCUCUGCAAAUCUCCACAACAAGGUGACCAAAAGUAAGACUGCGCAAGCCGCAAAGCUUCUUCGGGACUUGCACGAGAAGAACGAGAUUGAAGGGAGAGCUUCUGGCAAACAGGCAGUUUACCAUGCUCUGCAAGAUCCCUCGGAUAUCACAACCCCAGAGAUAGCUGCAGCUCUCCAGCGUGACAUUGAAAGGCUCGAAGACGAGAUUUCAACUCUAAAGGCAAACGAAAAGAAGGCCCGAGCAGCGUUAGCAGCCCUGCACGCAAAGCCCCGAAUAUCCGAACUCCGGCAGGACAUCAGCCGUCUUGAGAGCGAGGAAUCGACGAUCCAGGCUCGCUUGGCAAGUCGUCACGAGGGCGACCCCGUUCAAAUAUCACCAGAAAAAAGAGAAAAGCUCGAAAAAGAAUGGAAAUAUUGGCAACGACAUGCCAACCUGCGCCGUCGGAUCUGUCGCGAUCUCUGGGACCAAUGCUCUGAGGUACUUCCGGAGGACAUGACUGCGGCGGAGCUCUGG